AGCUUUCAAAUUAAGCUGGAAUCCAAAGCCGGCUAGUUUAAUUAUUCCCAAUAUAUGCAAGAAAAUCCUCCUACUCAAUCAUGGAUUUAGGUGAUUUCUCAACAGUCAACCAAAAAGUCCCUUUCAUCACAAUUUCAUUAGUUUAAUUGGAAGAAUCUACUGGGCAAUUAAGGUCUAACAAAAAUCGUGCCUACAACAAUUCUUAGAAAAUUCAAUCACAAGAACCUCCAUUUGUCAUAUACAAAAUGCCAUCCAAAUCUUGCUCUUCAACAUCCACUUAAAACACCCCCAUUGAAAAAGCUUUUAAUUCUUUCAAUAAUCAUCAAUUUCUAGAUAGUUAGCUACCUCUGCCAUUGGCAAAAUGGUCUAUUAAUUUUGCAUCAUUUGUGCACUUGGUUAUAACUUUUUUUUUUUUUUUCUCUUUAAGUGGGAAAAAAAAUGUAUGAUUCUAUUCUUUCUAGGAGCUUUAGUAGGCAUGAACAAAAGAAACUAGGAUAUGGAGCAUUUAUUUGUUGCUUGUUCGUUGUAUUCUGCUUUUGCACUUUGCUCAAACCCUAUUGGGGUCCUCUACCAGCUUUGAAUUUGCAGGUCUCAAUGGGUACUAUUGGUCUGAAAAUGUUGGCACUCAAGGAAACAAACAUUUCUCACCAAAUUUUUGGAGGAAAACAGAAUUUAGGAUUAAUCACGAGCACCAAAGUUUCUGAAAAUGUGAGCCUUCAAAAAGAAAAUUCUACCAGUUAUUCUCAGCAUUAUGAUUCUGGAAGAAGCAUAGAAGAAUCCAAAAAUGUGAGCCUUGGAACUGGAAAUUCUACUUCAGAGAAGAACGAUUGGGAAUUGAGCACAAAAGAGUCCAAAAAUGUGAGUCUUGACAUUGGAAAUUCUACUUCAGAGCAAAAUGAUUUGGAAUUGAGCACAAACGGGUCAAAAAAUGUGAGUCUUCAAGUAGAAAAUUCAACUUCACCAGAUUACAAGGACACUCCAACUAUUCCCUUAUCAAGUAUAGGUCAACAUGCAGAGACAGCAGUUCAAGAAAAUGUGACAAAGAAAAAAACAUUGCAGCCACUUUGCAGUACAGGACAAGAAAGAACAGAGUUCUGUGAGAUCAAAAUGGAUGUGAGGAUAGAUGGAAAUUCGGGUUCAGUUUUUGUUGUUUCAUCGCAAUCAGAAAAAACAGAAAACAACAACUCCUGGAUCAUCAGACCAUAUGCUCGAAAAGAAGACUUGACGGCUAUGAGUCAUGUUCGAAAAUGGUCAGUAAAAGCAGUAGAAGAUAACCAAGAAAUCCCCAAGUGCACCAUAAACCACAAUGUCCCAGCUGUGCUGUUUUCCUCCGGAGGUUAUGUUGGAAACAAUUUCCACGAAUUCACCGAUGUUCUAAUCCCGCUGUUCAUAACUUCUAGACAAUAUAAUGGUGAAGUACAAUUUCUAAUUUCAGAUAAAAGAUCUUGGUUUAUCCCAAAGUUCCAAAAGAUACUAGAAGGUUUGUCAAAGUAUGAGAUUAUAGACAUUGACAAAGAAAAACAAGUCCAUUGCUUCCCAAGUGCAACAAUUGGUCUCAAAAGGCAUCCAAAAGAAAUGGCUAUUGACCCUUCAAAGCAUUUAUAUUCAAUGAGAGAUUUCAGAGAUUUCUUAAGGCAUUCGUAUUCGUUGAAGAAAUCGAAAGCGAUCAGGAUCAAAGAUGGAAAAAGGAGGAAAAAGCCAAGGCUUCUGAUACUAUCAAGAAGGAGAACUAGAGCUUUUACCAAUGUAGAUGAGAUUGUUAAGAUGGCUAGGAGUUUGGGAUACAAAGUGAUUGUCUCAGAAGCCGAUAGGAGCUUGUCGAAAUUCGCAGAGCUAAUGAAUUCAUGUGAUGUUUUGAUGGGAGUUCAUGGAGCUGGGCUGACAAACAUGGUGUUCCUUCCUGAGAAUGCAGUGUUCAUACAAGUUCUUCCACUUGGUGAGUAUCAAUGGCUUGCAAAAACAUAUUUUGGUGAGCCUUCUAAGGAUAUGAAUUUGAAGUAUUUAGAAUAUGAGAUAGCCAGAGAGGAAAGCACGUUGAUAAAUCAAUACCCUCUUGAUCAUGCAGUUUUUACUGAUCCCAUAUCCAUUGGGAAGCAAGGAUGGGAAGCAUUUAAGUCAAUAUUUUUGGAGAAGCAAAAUGUUAAUCUUGAUGUUAAUAGGUUUAAACCUGUUUUAUUAAAAGCCCUCGAGCUUCUGCAUCAGUAGGGUACAGCAAGAGUUCUACACUAUUUCGUCUAAAUUGUAAUUCCUUAUUCAUUUUCAUUUUUUUUUUCCCUUCUUUUUUGUUCAUGGUCUUCUAGCUAGAAAUCAAAUGUCAAUUAUAAUGUCAUUUAUUCAUAAUUCUCUUUUCUUUCUGGUAUAGGAAUAGCGGAAUUAAGCAUGUUUAUAAUAUCCAUAAAUGAAUGGAGGUGAUAAAAUCUUUGUACAUGUAUGUUUGUAAUUCCACAAAUAAAUGACUGUGUCUCCGAUAUCUCUACCAUAUAGUGGUAUUUGAAUUU